AUGGGCCUGAGCUCUUCCAAGGCACACCCCAAGGUGACCAAGGUGGCACCGAUGCCUGUCGGGGAGCACCUGCCCACUCUUGCUGCUCCAUACCGGCUGCCCAGCGUGCUGGGAGAGCCCAGCCUGCACCCACCAGCCACGGCCGAGUGGGGAGAACCCACCUUUCACUUUGAACUUCCACCUCUCCGGGAGACCUGGUACGGGAGAGCCGCGGCAGGGCCUCUUGCUUUCAACACCGUGCCAGAAAAGGGAGAAACCAGCAUCAUUAAACAGCACCCACCUCGCAGACCUCAAAGGCUUGAACCCGCUGGCCCUCCACAAGCAAUCGCUCUUGCAAAGCCCUGGAGUCAGCAAGAAGUGGCUGCAAGCCCAAAAGUGAAGGCUCUGGAGAAGAGGGGGAAAAGCCUAAGACACCUCCCUGGAAGGCGGCAGCACUUGCACAAGCUGCAGAUGCUGGAUUUGAUCCGCAGGCGCCGAGAGGCAGAGCUGAAGCAAAAUCUCCACAGGGAGGCAAAAAUCAAUAAACAAAAAAUCAAGGAAUUCAGCCCGAAGAAAGUUCUUGACACUCUUCAGAGAGGCAACAGUGCUGAAAGCCAAGACCUCAUCCCUGCUGAGCACAAUCAGCAUUUUCAUGGAGAUGACCGUGGAAACAUGUGGGGUGGAAGACUCUCCAGGCAGCAUAAUGGGGCCGAACUCUCUCCUGGCAGGAGCAGGAAGGAUAACUUGUGGUUCUGCAGGGAGCCACAGAGGAGAGAUCUGUUCUGGGACACCUCCAGCACAAGCUCCGAGGAGUGGGAAGGGAAAGAGAAGAUUUACCGCAAACCUACGCUUGUGAGAACCAAGACAGAGAGAGUUUCUCUCUUUGAUGACUUCUUUGAUAGGGAUUUCUAG